AUAGAGAGUUACAGCUGGGGCCCCUCCCGGUCUCCAGGGUACUGUCCCUUAGCAACAGCCCAGCCGGGCAGGACACACUGCCAACACUGGGCAGAGCAGGCAGAAGGCAGGCGGAGCGGCUACCCGGACUCCAGGACAGACGAAGGCCAGGUGAGUGAGCGGGGGCACCCGGCCCGUAGCCUGGUUGCCGAGCGGGAGCCCCUCCAGAUCUCUCUCCCAUCCAGCAGCUCAGGGAGCCCUGACCCAUCAUGGAUGCUGUGGACGCCACCAUGGAGAAGCUCCGGGCCCAGUGCCUGUCCCGAGGGGCCUCGGGCAUCCAGGGUCUGGCCAGGUUUUUCCGCCGCAUGGACCGGGAUGGGAGCCGGUCCCUGGACGCAGGGGAGCUCCAGCGGGGCCUGGCCAAGCUGGGGCUGGUGCUGGACACAGCCGAGGCGCAGGGCGUGUGCAGGCGCUGGGACCGUGACGGCAGCGGGACGCUGGACCUGGAGGAGUUCCUGCGGGCGCUGCGGGUCCGGGAGGCAGUCAUCACAGCCGCGUUCGCCAAGCUGGACCGCAGCGGGGAUGGCGUGGUGACUGUGGAUGACCUCCGGGGAGUGUACAGCGGCCGCGCUCACCCCAGGGUGCGGAGCGGGGAGUGGACGGAGGAGGAGGUGCUCCGCCGCUUCCUGGACAACUUUGACUCCUCCGAGAAGGACGGGCAGGUCACGCUGGCCGAGUUCCAGGACUACUACAGCGGCGUGAGCGCCUCUGUGGACACGGACGAGGAGUUUGUGGCCAUGAUGACCAGCGCCUGGCGGCUGUGAGCGGAAGCCAAGCAGCGCCCAGGUGGGGAAGCAAACUGCUCUCCUGUGAAGCAAGGCUCUGCACGGAGCGGCCGGUCUCGGAAGGCAGCUGAGCUCGGUCACCUGCCCAGGUGUGGAGUGUGGGGCGGGGCAGGCCAGGCUGCUGAGGAACCGUUCCUGGCCAGGUCACCUGGCUUCCUGAGGCCCCUGGGGCACACAGGA